AUGACGGCGGUGGAUGUUGGCGCCCAGCCAGCGCCGCAAGCGCUGGCGAAAAACGCCCUGCAGGAAGCUGUGCUCCCACGCGACCGAGUGCUCUCUACGUUUGAGCGCACAAUUGCCUUCAAUGCCCCCGUCCUUGAAUCGCUCCUCCUCCAGCUUCCGACCGACGCCAUCCUCAAGCUCUACCAGACUAGCCCCUACCUCCGCACCUUUCUUCCGUCAUGUCCCACCGCGUGGAAGCUACUGUCAUUUCGCUUGAUGUCUCCGUCCCUACCACAGGUGCCUGCCCAUAUCGUGCCGCCGGGCACAUCGGAGCGAGAGGCGGAGAACCCGCCCCAGCGUCAGUCGCGACCCUACGCCUUGGAUCAACUCCUGAUGAAUGUGUUGGUACCUUUCAGUGUGUGCCUGAAGAGCUUGGAGCUGGAUAAUACGGCUGUCUCCGGACAGAUUCUCGUCUCUACUGUGUUGCAUGCUCGCCGGGAGACACUAGAGCACGUGUCUGUUCGGGGAUGCAAGCACGUCUCCCUCAAAUAUCACAUAAUCCCAUACCUCACCAUGUUUGGACUCCAAUACGACGUGGACAUGGAGAAAAACAUCGGCUCUUCCCAGACGACGAGACGGUUGGCGCUGAAGAGUCUCUAUACAUACCGGUGCCGCCAUCACCGCCGCCGCCCUUAUCUCUCCGUGUCACUCUUCCGCAAGGACUCUGACUCCGAGCCGACACAUGAGCUGGUCAAUCUGUGCCAUAAACUAGGUAUCUGGACUGAUACCGCCUGGUGUACGACGCCUGCCGGGAGGUGCUUUCGCCGGCGCGGAUAUGUGGCGAUGCGCGUCCCACAUGGUUCCCCAGAGGUAUGGGUGGUCUUUGAUCGUCUCUGGCGAAGCAAGAACUGGAUCGGACCUGUCGAUACGGAAUCAAGGAAAACACAUGUUCGGGAUGGCAAGCUUUGGGAGACCUCUGAGACUGGAUAUCUCGGCGAAGCACUGGGCACUGGCGACGGGCCCGAACCUGGUGAGGGCAAGAUGACGCCGGCCCAUCUGCGAAAUAGCCACGCGCGCUUUGUCGAAAAUGUGAAGUGCGACAAUUGCGCAGAGGAGAUAACAGAGCGGUGCGAACAGUGUAGUAUCUUGAUGCACUGCGUGGGAUGCCGCAAAACGCUCUGUGCCAGUUGCGCCUAUGAACGGCCUUAUCUCCACCGAGGUCCCUCUUCAACAUCUACAGGCAAUGCCAAUGGAAAUACACCGGAAUCAUUGUGGUGGGCGCCGGGGGCAAUUUUCUCCCCAAGCUCAAUGCAAGAUCCCAUUUCCAACCCCCUCGACACCGCAUUGAAUGGGCUCUCACACACCUCUAGCCCCGCUCUUAAAUUUCACUGGUGCUGUGCAGAGCCCAUUUUUUCCGGCGGCGGGGGAAUCAGCAUUGGUUCUGCAAAUCGAGACGUAGAUCAUGUGCGGGCAGUGCCUUUGCCUCGAAAUCAGGGCUGGGAAGACUUGGAGUACACCGUCAGCGAAUGGAGCAAGACCUUUCCGAAGUACGCCUAUGGCGAUCCCUCAAAGCCGGACUAUUCGCUUGAGACUGGUCAUCUCGCCAUGAUGAAGUGGUUGCUGGGUCCGCCGGACCGAAAAGUAUCACCUUGCCCACGUAACCUUUGCCAGGAGUGCUAUGACUCGCCUCAGUGGAAGGUGCAUUGCAAGAGCUGCUCCAAGCCACUCUGCAUUGAACACGACCUGCGCGGACUGCGGUUGCGCAUCUGUGGGUACAAAGACCUCGGCAUUGAGAAAGAAAAUAUUCAAAAGCGAUCUGCGGCCACCACCCUGGCAGCUGGUGUCUCGACAAGCCAAUCCGCCGGUUUUGAUCUCCCAUUCCGGACGCAACGUCUCGUCGACUCAACCAACAGUAGCUUCAUCAAUGGCCCACAGGGCGAUGCACCGAGCGAUGAAACCUUCGUCAAUACACCGAACGACGACAUUUCGAGUCGUACCUUCUUUCCACGAAAUCCCACUCGCUCCUUUUCCGCCCCACCGUCUAACCAAUCUGGAUCAUCGUCCCCGUCGAGCGCCUUUUCUUUUGAGUCAACGUUUGAGGCACCACGUUGGCAGGGGUGUCAGUCCUUCUUCUGCCCCACAAACCGCCAACCCGGAGAUCAGCGCCAGCGUUGCCCGAGCUAUAUCCGUGAAUGCAAGAGCUGCCUGGUCUACGUAUGCCAGGAAUGCGUACAGGCCAACCCGCCCUGCAAGUGCUCAUACUGUGAGGAGAACUAUCUAUGUCCCAACUGCAUGCGGCAGAGCCCCUCCGAUGGCCCUUGCCGCCGUCGCGAGGACGAAAAGGCACGGAAGGAGCGGAAAUGGAAAAAGGAUAUGCAGGAGCUGGAAAGUAUCCUCCAGCUCAAGCUCGCCAAUGAAGUGGCAGAGUUUGUUGGACAAUUCUUCGACUCGGUGGACUAUGACCACAACUCCGGUCCUGCGGUCACUCUGAGCGUCCAGUCCGAUCUCGGCAGGCCCGACGACAUCACACCUUCCGCUUCCCACAGGCCCCCAUGUGAACUGACCGACGUGACCGGGGCAAUGGAGCCUGGUCUGUUCAUUGAUCCGGAUGAUCUGCCCCCAGAGGAGUAG